AUGAUCUACAACUACUCUGAAAAUGAGAAAAGACUAAUUUACUAUGAACAUGAUGCCGACGAGAUUCCAGGUGAAAUCAUUAAUGAAUUUAGAGACAAAGAUGUUACACAGAUCGACUUUUCAUCUAACUUACUAGCGUCAAUUGAUUUCAUCUCGCAUUUUUCUGACUUGAACGAAAUAAUUUUGGACAAUAAUUUCCUUUCUGACGAGACAAUGUUUCCAAACAAAGUUUUCUAUAAAAUACAGCUGCUGUCACUGAAUAAUAAUAAGUUUGAGGAUCUGGAUAAACUCGUUUAUAAUAUUUGUUACUCAUUUCCCAACUUACGACACUUAAGCCUCCUUGGCAACCCUCUCUGUCCCGCACUCAAUGAAAACUACAAUGAAGAUGAUUAUGAAAAUUAUAGACUUCUCAUAAUCUCUCGAUUGCCCAAAUUAAAAUUUUUGGACUCAAAAAUGAUAACAAGGCACGAAUGGUCAAUAAUUCACGCAAAUACUUCAAAAGUUGACGAAGUAGUGAGUCGUGUUCAAAAGAGCAACAGCAUGGACAGGAUAAGUUUGUGGAAGAGAAUUUUUAAGACUCAAUCAGCAAAAGAAAUUGAGUCUGUGGAUGAAGUGGAUCAUAACAUCUACAAACCUUUACCAACCGACGGUAAUGCUGGAUUUCAGGAACCUCGUAGCUCUUACAGCAAGUGUAAGCAUUUCUAUCAAGGAACUGAAUCACAAGGAAAUCGAUUUAUAGGAAAUAAGAUGCUGUGA